AUGCGCACCUCUUUCAUCGCCCUUCUUUUGGUCGGCCCAACUGCCGUUCUCUCGAUUGAGAAAGUGGUAGGCAUAGUCACUACCGGACCACUUUGUUGCGACAAAGGUACCGGGGAUGAUAGUGAAACUUGCAAGAAGAAGGGGAUGAACUCUUAUUGUUGCUCCAACGAACGCAACGAUCGUGACGGUGGUUGCGAUGGAAACGAAAUCUUUGUCGCCGGACGCACGGUCAAGGCAUACGUAGCUACCGACAAUUGCAAAAGGGAUAGCGCAUGGUAUCCCAAUACUACUUUCGUUGGAUUUAUUGGUUGUGCGGAGUAA